AAGUGUAGUUGAGCUGUUGUGUGUUAGUGUCUCUGUAUUCAUGCAGUAAAAUGGCAGAAGCCAGAAUUUCUCAGGAUGAGUUCCUGUGUUCAGUGUGUCUGGAUCUCCUGAAGGAUCCAGUGACCACUUCCUGUGGACAUAGUUACUGUAAGAACUGUAUUACAGGCUGCUGGGAUCAGGAGGAUCAGAUGAGAGUCUACAGAUGCCCUCAGUGCAGACAGACCUUCAGUCCAAGACCUGCUUUAGCUAAAAACACCAUGCUGGCUGAAGUGGUGGAGAAACUGAAGAAGACUAAACUUCCUGCUGACUGUUACGCUGGAGCUGGAGAUGUGCAGUGUGACGUCUGUACUGGAAGAAAACACAAAGCCGUCAAGUCCUGUCUGGUGUGUCUGGAGUCUUACUGUCAAACUCAUUUUGACCGUCAUGAGGAAUUUCACUCACGUAAGCCACAUAAAGUGACUGAUGCCACUGGACGACUGCAGGAGAUGAUCUGCCAGAAACACGACAAGAUCCUUGAGGUUUUCUGCUGCACUGAUCAGAAGUGUAUAUGUGUGCUGUGUAUGGAUGAUCAUAAAAACCACGACACUGUAUCAGCUGCAGCACAGAGGACAGAGAAACAGCACCAGCUGAAGGAGACGCAGAGGUUGUUCCAGCAGAGGAUCCAGCAGAGAGAGAAAGAUCUUCAGCAGCUGAGAGAGGAUGUGAAGUCUCAUAAGCGCUCUGCACAGACAGCAGUGGAGGACAGUGAGAGGAUCUUCACUGAGCUCAUCCGCUCCAUUGAGAGAAGCCGCUCUGAGGCCACACAGCGGAUCAGAGAUCAGGAAAAGACUGCAGUGAUUCGAGCUGAAGGACGACUGGAGCGACUGGAGCAGGAGAUCAAUGAUCUGAGGAGGAGAGAUACUGAGCUGGAGCAGCUUUCACACACACAGGAUCACAUCCAUUUCCUGCAGAGUUUCCAGUCUCUCUCAGCACCUCUUGAAUCUACAGACUUAAAUGAUGAUCCCUUCAGUUUUCUCUCCUCUUUUGAUGUUGUGAGAGAAUCUGUCCUUCAGCUGAUAGACAAACUAGAGGAUUUCUGCAAAGAGGAGCUCAAGAAGAUCUCUGACAGAGUCACUUUCACCAACAUUGUUCCCAGGACCAGGAUCGACUUCCUACAAUAUUCCCAUCGGCUCACUCUGGAUCCAAACACAGUGAAUAAACGCCUCCAUCUGUCUAAGAGGAACAGAGAGAUUACUAACACUGACACAGAGCAGCCGUAUCCUGACCAUUUAGACAGAUUUGAUGGACAUAAUCGUCAGGUGUUGUGUAGAGAGAGUGUGUGUGGACACUGUUACUGGGAGAUUGAGUGGAGUGGUGGUGUGCUUGGUGCUGUGUCUAUAUCAGUGUCAUAUAAGAGCAUCAGCAGGAAGGGACAGCAUUAUGAGUGUGUGUUUGGAUCUAAUGAUCAGUCCUGGAGUUUGUUCUGCUCUUCCUCCAGUUGCUCAUUUAGACACAAUAACAUAGUGACUAAAUUCCCUGUAGAGUCCAUCAGCAGUAGAAUAGGAGUGUAUGUGGAUCACAGUGCAGGAACUCUGUCCUUCUACAGCGUCUACAGAGAUACAAUGAUCCUCAUCCACACAGUCCAGACCACAUUCACUCAACCACUCUAUCCUGGGUUUGGGUUUUAUUAUAAAUCAUCAGUGAAACUGUGUUGA